AUGACGCAGGGUCCCGGUGGCCGCGCGCCCGGGGUCCCCGCGCUGGCCGCCGUCCUGGGCGCCUGCGAGCCGCGCUGCACCGCGCCGUGUCCGCUGCCCGCGCUCGGCCGCUGCCGGGGCUCCGGGACGCGGGGAGCACGGGGCAACCCCGAUUCCGCCGACGAGUGGGCGCGCAAGGGCGGCUUCAUCCACAAGCCGGCGCACGGCUGGCUGCACCCCGAUGCCAGGGUCCUGGGGCCAGGGGUCUCCUACAUCGUUCGGUACAUGGGAUGUAUUGAGGUUCUACGCUCCAUGCGCUCACUGGAUUUCAACACCAGAACACAGGUGACCAGGGAAGCCAUCAAUAGGCUCCAUGAGGCAGUGCCAGGGGUCCGAGGCUCCUGGAAGAGGAAGGCCCCCAACAAAGCUCUGGCCACCAUCCUGGGGAAGAGCAACCUGCGGUUUGCAGGUAUGAGCAUUUCUGUCAACAUCUCUGUGGAUGGCCUCAACCUGUCAGUGCCUGCUACGCGCCAGAUCAUCGCCAACCAUCAUAUGCAGUCCAUCUCCUUUGCUUCUGGAGGUGAUACGGACAUGACUGAUUACGUGGCAUAUGUGGCCAAGGACCCCAUCAAUCAGAGAGCUUGUCACAUCUUGGAAUGCUGUGAGGGUCUCGCCCAGAGCGUCAUCAGCACCGUGGGCCAAGCCUUUGAGCUGCGCUUCAAACAAUACCUGCACAGUCCCCCCAAGGCCGUCGUACCCCCAGAAAGGUUGACUGGACUGGAGGAGUCAGCCUGGGGGGAUGAAGAUGAAGCUGCUGACCACAACUACUACAACAGCAUCCCAGGGAAGGAGCCACCCCUGGGAGGCCUGGUGGACUCCAGACUGGCUGUCACACAGCCCUGUGCACUGGCGGCACUUGGGGGAUUUGGACAGGGAAUGUCACCUGCACGGAGAGAUGCCCGUGGCCUGCCCUGGGACGUGGGCCCCUCUGGUGCAGCCCCGCCAGGGGAUGGCUACAUGCAGGCGGAUGCCCGGGGCCCACAGGACUAUGAGGAACAUCUGUACGUCAACACCCAGGGCCUGGACCCCGCGGAACGUGAGGAUGUGGCUGAGGAACCCCCACUCCUGGAUGACAGCCCCAAGAAGGAUCUGUUCGACAUGCGCCCCUUUGAAGAUGCCCUGAAGCUGCAUGAGUGCUCGGUGGCAGGGGCCAUCACGGCGGCCGCACCCCCUCUGGAGGACCAGUGGCCCAGCCCCCCCACCCGCCGGGCCCCCAUCGCCCCCACGGAGGAGCAGCUGAGGCAGGAGCCCUGGUACCACGGACGCAUGAGCCGCCGGGCGGCUGAGAAGCUGCUUCGAGCUGAUGGGGACUUCCUCGUGCGAGACAGCAUCACCAACCCCGGGCAGUACGUGCUCACCGGCAUGCAGGCGGGCCAGCCCAAGCACCUGCUGCUGGUGGACCCCGAGGGCGUGGUGCGCACGAAGGACGUGUUGUUUGAGAGCAUCAGUCACCUCGUGGAUUACCACCUGAGGAAUGGGCAGCCCAUCGUGGCCGCUGAGAGUGAGCUACACCUGCGGGGUGUGGUCUCCCGGGAGCCCUGAGCCAGGUGAGGGUCAGCAGCCCAGCUCCUGUCCCCAGAUGCCCUAAUGGCCAGCAUCUCUCCUUCCGCAUGAGCCUCAGGAAACCGCCCUCUUCCAUCUGUGCCCGGCUGGCUGGGACAGUGAGACAGAGUCAGGGUCCCACCCAAGUCCCCACCGCGAGGCUAUAUAAACCAAAGACAGACUCAGUGGCCUUUAAUGAAAAGACACUCAAAUGCAGGCCCUGUGCCUUGGAUCCCCAGUGUGGGGCAAUGACAUCAGGUUGUGUCCCUGAAACAGAGGGGACGCCCUGAGUGCGUGGAGCCGAUUCCUGCCCUAGCUGGGGUCUGUUCUUCCACCUGAUGGGCCAGGUGCACUGUUGCCUUGGUAGGGGGGAAAUUAAGGUGCUUUUGGGUCUCAGAGCCUUGAGGGGAGGAACAGCUUUGGGGCUCACCUGGGAUGGUGGGGUAUCUAGGUGAGAGGCAGAGAGAGGGAUCACACAGGGUGUACAUCUACCUGGUGCCUCCCAGCUGUCACUGACCUGGACUUUUGACAGUAUUUAAACAGUGUUGAGUGCAAGCCAGCUGUGCCUGUGGAGACCUGGCAGGCUCCCAGGUGGACAGCCCAGAAUGGCUGUCAGCGAGUCCCCAUCGGGCAGAGAAGGAGACAGCGGCCAGAUUGUGGGGUCUGCCCUCCUCACAGCCACCCCUACUCUCAACAGACUUCUGUUUUUAUUACAAGAUAAAUUACGAUUCUC